UGCUUGCAACAGCUCUCGUGCAGAACGGUGUAGCAGCUUGAGCUCAGAUCAGUACUUCAGUUACUGCAGUAAUCAUGUAUACUCUUCAGUAUCUGAAGGACUUCAUCGACCGGAGGCUGACGGCGGCCGCGGAGGAGAUCUUCAGCGAGGUGGAAAAAACCAUCGUGCAGUACGAGGAGGAGCUGGACCGCCACCGGCAGCUGGAGCUGAAGCUGCGCUGCACAGACCUGCUGCAGCAACAUGAAACUAGAGAGGAGGAGAUUUUUAUUGACCAGGAGAGGACGUCCAGUCUGGACCUGGAGGAACCACAGCAUCCACAGAUUAAAGAGGAACAGGAGGAACUCUGCACCGGUCAGGAGAACCCAGAGCCUCCUCAGAUAAAAGAGGAGGAAGAAGAAUUCCGCACCAGUCUGGAAGACCCAGAACCGUCACAGAUUAAAGAGGAAAGGGAAGAACCCUGCACCAGUCAGGAUGGAGAGCAGGUUGUGCUGAAGGAGGAGACUGAUGCCUUUGCGGUGACUCCUGUCUUUGAGGAAGAUGGCUACAGUGAACCAGGACCAGACAGUGAUCUGCUCUUCCCUCAAAGCCCUUCUGAAACUGAGAGUGGGAAGAAAUAUUAUCGUAUCUAUACAAUGAAAUAUCUUGAAAGAAUUCAGACCAUUGAAAAGCGAUAUUCUUGCAAAAUAUGUGGGAAAGGUUUCGCACACAGAUGUAAUUUGGUGGACCACAUGAGAAUUCACACAGGUGAGAAACCAUAUAAAUGUGAAACAUGUGGGAAAAGUUUCAACAGAGUUGGUAAUUUUAAUGCCCACUUGAGAAACCACACAGGCAAAAAGCCCUAUUCUUGUGAAACAUGUGGGAAAGGUUUCAAUCAUAGAUGCAAUUUGGUGGACCACGUGAGAAUUCACACAGGUGAGAAACCAUACACAUGUGAAACAUGUGGGAAAAGCUUCAAUAGAGUUGGGAAUUUUAAUGCCCACAUGAGAACUCAUGCGAGUAAGAAGAUGUUUUCUUGUGAGACCUGUGGGAAAGGUUUUAAUCGAAGGGGUCAUUUUAACGCCCAUCUGAAAACGCACACAGGUGAGAAACCAUAUCCCUGUUACACGUGUGGUAAAACUUUUAUAAAUGCAUCAAGGCUGAAAUUUCACAUGAUAAUUCACACGGGUAAGAAGCCCUAUUCUUGUGAAACAUGUGGGAAGCGUUUCAUUCGUAAAGUGCAUUUAACUACUCACCUAAGAAUUCAUACAGGUGAGAAACCUUACCCCUGUGACAUAUGCGAGAAAAGGUUUAUCGAUGCAUCGACGCUGAAGUGUCACAUGAGAACUCACACAGGUGAGAAGCCAUAUGUUUGUAAUGUCUGUGGGAAAGCAUUUUCUGUCUUAUCAACUUUUAAAAGUCACACCUCAGUUCAUACAGGUGAGAAGCCGUAUUCUUGUGAAACAUGUGGGAAAACAUUUAGUCGCAGUGGACACUUGACUGUACAUGUAAGAACUCACACGGGUGAGAAGCCAUACUCCUGUAAAACAUGUGAGAAAACCUUCAGUCAAAGGCAUCAUUUGACUUCCCACAUGAGAUCUCACACAGGUGAGAAGCGGUAUUCUUGCCAAAUGUGUGAGAAAAGCUUCGUUCAAAGUAGUCAUUUGUGGCGCCACAUGCGAACUCACACAGGUGAAACAUCAUCGCUCUGAAACACCUGUAGGGCUGGGGAUUAUUCUGAAGCCAAGCUUAAAAAAUUAAUUAAAAAAUUUGUACUGAGUUUUCAGAUCCUAGAGUUUGGGCAUUUAUUGCAUGUGACAAAGUACUCGAUGGAUCAGAUAAAUCAUGUUUUGAUCUGUCUGAACCAACAAUGAAGCUGUCAGGUUGUCCAGUGUGUUAAUUUUGAUUUUUACAGAAACAUGUUGCAUAUCUUGAAAAAAGUUGCCUUAAGUCUUAAGAAGGAAAACGGUCAUGUUACAAGAUAUGAAGUCUAUCAGUUCUUCUUUACCCUCACCCCUGCCAGUCGUGCCUGAUGGCUACCCCUCCCUGAGCCUGGAUUUGUUGGAGGUCUUUUCCUGUUUAAAGGCAACAAAUGAGUGACAUUUCUCUCUGCUUUGUACGGCUGGAUUUACAGGAAAUGUUCCGUUUUUGUGGUUGUCUCUGACAUUAAGAUGUUCUUCUCAUUAUUACAAGUUUAUGUCUCCAAAGAGUCUUUUUUGAAUGCAGUGUGCUUCCAUGAGAUCCACUUGAGGACCGAGUUUGGGCAAUUUUAGUGAUUUGCAUAAUCAUUAUAUUGUUUCAGACUUUGUGACACAAACCGUACCACUUACUAUUGUA